UUAUUUUUUAAUUAUUUUUUUCAGGGGCUAGUUAAUUUCUGGAGCAUCUUGACUUAUCUCCGAGUCCUGUGUUCGUGUAUGUGUUUGUCUAGUCUUAGACGAUGUCCCGUCUUUUACUGCAUUCCGCGUCAUUGCCUCAGUGGUGAAUGAUGAUGGGUUUUCAGCAAUCGGAGGAGAAAUCGGAAUAUCAUAAGUGAUUGCGGUAGUUCGCGAGUGUGUAAAAACCCUCGGACGAACUGAAGCAAGGUGAUGAAAUCCGAAGCCGGAAAGGUGAAUAAUAGAAGGAUUGAUAUGUCGCCGACUCCCGCGAUUGAUAUAUCGGACGAAGAGCUGGUGUCUAUCUCUGUGAGGGAUUUGAAUCGUCAGUUGAAACUUCGUGGACUGACGAGAGAAGAUAUUGUCAAAAUGAAGCAGCGCCGAAGAACUCUCAAGAAUCGAGGCUACGCAGCAAGUUGCCGGGUGAAGAGGAUUGAGCAAAAGGGGGACCUGGAGUCUGAGCGAGUCCAAGUAGAGCUUGAGUUGGACCGGUUCCGUACUGAGAAGGCACGCUUACGCAACGAUAUUACCAGUCUUGAGCAGAAGUGCCAGCGCCUCAUUGAGUAUGCCGAUGCCCACAGUAUCGUUCUACCCAUGGACUUACUGCGCGAGCAUCAUCAGCAGGACACGACUGCCUAUUGA